UCGUUUUCAGGUCACCCACAGACUCACGAGUCACAACCCAUAACUCGUUAGAGAGAGUUUGUGUGUGUGACCUUGGUGCAUAGAAAGAAGAUGGAGGACCAAAAUGGUGGUGGUAAGUUCAGCCAAGGGCUUCGCAAGUUGAAGCCUUACCUUGCUAUAUUGUCCCUUCAGUUCGGCUACUCAGGCAUGUAUAUCAUCACCAUGGUUUCUUUCAAGCAUGGCAUGAGUCAUUGGAUACUCUCAGUUUACCGUCACGUAGUUGCCGCCAUUAUCAUAGUCCCUUUUGCACUUGUCCUUGAAAGAAAAAUUAGACCAAAGAUGACUCUUCCCAUCUUCCUCAGGAUAGUCGCACUUGGUUUCCUUGAGCCAGUGCUAGAUCAGAACUUGUACAACAUGGGAAUGAAAAUGACUUCAACAACGUUUGCAUCCGCCACAGUUAAUGUCCUCCCAGCCAUUACUUUUAUUAUGGCUCUCAUUUUCAGGCUGGAGAAGGUGAACCUGAGAAAAUUUCACAGCCUAGCGAAGGUCAUUGGAACGGUUAUAACAGUUUCAGGAGCUAUGGUUAUGACUCUGUACAAAGGUCCUGCCUUCCAAAUCAUAAAGGGUGGAGGAGCCAUCAGCAGCCACAGCAACUCUAGCAGUAGUACCACUGAACCCUCUGAUCAACACUGGGUGGUUGGCACAGUCAUGCUCAUAUCAAGUUGUGCCAGUUGGGCUGGUUUCUUCAUUUUGCAAUCAUUCACUUUGAAGAAGUACCCAGCAGAGCUCUCACUCACAGCAUGGAUUUGCGUAAUGGGAAUCAUUGAGGGUUCAAUCGCAUCCCUUAUAUUUGAACGAGACUUUAGUGUAUGGGUCAUAGGCUGGGAUUCAAGGCUUCUUGCUUGUGUGUAUUCUGGGGUGAUUUGUUCUGGAAUGGCGUACUAUGUACAAGGGGUUGUGACCAGGGAACGUGGACCUGUGUUUGUGACAUCUUUCAGCCCUCUAUGUAUGAUAAUCACCGCUGCAUUGGGUUCUCUUGUUUUAGCCGAACAAGUUCAUCUUGGAAGUAUAUUUGGGGCUAUUCUGAUCGUGUGCGGACUUUACACUGUGGUGUGGGGCAAAAGCAAAGACCGUGUGAACACAAGAGAAACAGGGAAAGAAGCAAGGCAAGAAUUGCCAAUGAAGGACAGUACAAAAUCAGCGUCAGACAACUUUUAUGGGCUUGAGAUCAAUGUUUCAGAUGAGGUGUUGAGGAAAGGUGUCCCACCAACAACCUUAUCAUGAAGGUCCUUUCAUAGGACUAUCACUAUAAAUUUUCCUUUUAUUGAGGUCAAGAAAGAUUUUGUUCAAUGUGAAAAUCUUUACCUUCCUCACUCCUUUCAUUGUGUCCUUCUUUCCCUUUAACUUUCUUCCGUGUUUCGGAAAGUAUAAUGUGAAUCAUCAAAUAAUGCAAUAAUUAAUGUUCUUGUAUC